CGGAAUACCUGAGAGGGAACGCACUGAGGUCCUGACUGCAGAGAGAGACUACCCCAGGCUGGCUAAGGACUUUCCCGUCUCCCCCUGAGCACCUGGAGGCCUGGUACUCAAUGUGGAGGAACCUGAGUCUCAUCUGUUCAUCUGAAGAUCUACAAGAGGAGAGGAGAGCAGAGGAGAGUGUUUGAUGAUGAAGCGGAGGAAACAACAAAACAAAGUGAUUCACUAACUUGCCUCUUCGAUUCCUAAUCCAUCAAUUUGUCCACAGAGGAUCUCUAUCUCUGUUCCUUUACACCAUCAACAUGAGUGCUGCCUUCUCCCACCCAUUCGUAGAUCAGCGGCCCACUUACCUUAACAGAGGCAGCAUACUGCCAUACAGACUGUCUCCCUCUAGUGGCCACUCUGAGAACCGCACCCACUCCCAUUCCCACCACCUCCACUCUGACCCUCUGGCCCACACCGUGCCCUUACUCCUCUAUCCCACCACCAUGGAUCCCCGAGGCCUCUAUGACGCCUCGUUCCGGGGCCACCGAGGCCCCACCCUGCUCCCAUACUUAUCUCCCUUCCACCAUGGGCGCUUCGGGGUGUAUGAAUGCCCCUUCGAGCCGGCGUUUCUACAGAAGAGGAACGAGCGGGAGCGUCAGAGGGUAAAGUGUGUGAACCAGGGCUACGCCAAGCUUAGGGACCAUCUGCCAGGGGGCGCCAGUGAGAAGAGGCUCAGUAAAGUGGAGACACUCAGGGCAGCGAUUCGUCAUAUUAAAUACCUGCAGGGUCUGGUGGAGGGGCAGGGGAAAGGGAGAGAGGGGCAUGAGGAGGAACAGGCAUGCCACAGCCCCAGUUCUGCUCCAUGUAGGACAGAAGACUCGGGACACAGAGAUGGGGGGUCAACUCGCUCUCUCUCACACUCUUCCAGUAUCUGUGGGGAGACAGAGGGCUCUGGGACCUAGGGGAUUAUGGGUAGUGUCGUUUGUGAGAGGGACUGUGGAUGGAAAUUUGUAGAAAGGGUGUGAGUACCCCCUCUCCAAGGACUGCUCACCACAACAUCACACCCUGAGCACAAAGAUAAACAAUGUAAUACUUUUCCGUUUGAUACUGUGUUAUGUAUUGGCAAUGUGUAUUGUUUUGUGACACUAAAAUGUUGUACCAAACCACUUUGGAAAUCUGAUUAUGUAAAAAGAAAAAUACACUUCUGAUUUUAAGAUCAACACCUGAAUCUCUGAGAGCAAUGAAUUCAAUAAUGCUUCUACACCUGCAUUGCUUGCUGUUUGGGGUUUUAGGCUGGGUUUCUGUACAGCACUUUGAUAUAUCAGCUGAUGUAGGAAGGGCUAUAUAAAUACAUUUGAUUUGAUUUGAAUAAGUAUGCAAUGUUUAUUGUAUUUCGAAAGGAGAAACUGAUCACUGUAGCGACACAUUACGGUUUGUUAUCAAAAUAAACGUUCAU